AUGGACAAAAUGGAGUACUCAGACAGUAGUAUGGGCUGCAAUAAAAUAUUCUCUAGUACUUCAAAUGUGAACAGUCAAGAGCGAACACAUACAGGAGAACUCCCAUACAAGUUCCCUACCUGUAACAAGUCUUUAGAUAAAGCGCACAGUCUCCAUGUGCAUGCGCCAAUUCAUACAGGGAAACGUCCAUACAAGUGCACCACCUGUAACAAGGCUUUCUCUCGUACCUCAGGUCUCCAUGUGCAUGAGCGAAUUCACACAGGGGAACGUCCAUACAAGUGCACCACCUGUAACAAGGCUUUCUCUUGUACCUCACAUCUCCAUGUGCAUGAGCGAAUUCACACAGGGGAACGUCCAUACAAGUGCACCACCUGUAACAAGGCUUUCUCUGAUACCUCAGGUCUCCACCAGCAUGAGCGAAUUCACACAGGGGAACGUCCAUACAAGUGCACCACCUGUAACAAGGCUUUCUCUCGUACCUCAUAUCUCCAUUUGCAUGAGCGAAUUCACACAGGGGAACGUCCAUACAAGUGCACCACCUGUAACAAGGCUUUCUCUCGUACCUCACAUCUCCAUUUGCAUGAGCGAAUUCACACAGGGGAACGUCCAUACAAGUGCACCACCUGUAACAAGGCUUUCUCUCAAACCUCAUCUCUCCACAAGCAUGAGCGAAUUCACACAGGGGAACGUCCAUACAAGUGCACCACCUGUAACAAGGAUUUCUCUGCUGCCUCACAUCUGCAUGUGCAUGAGCGAAUUCACACAGGGGAACGUCCAUACAAGUGCACCACCUGUAACAAGGCUUUCUCUCGUACCUCACAUCUCCAUUUGCAUGAGCGAAUUCACACAGGGGAACGUCCAUACAAGUGCACCACCUGUAACAAGGCUUUCUCUCAAACCUCAUCUCUCCACAAGCAUGAGCGAAUUCACACAGGGGAACGUCCAUACAAGUGCACCACCUGUAACAAGGAUUUCUCUGCUGCCUCACAUCUGCAUGUGCAUGAGCGAAUUCACACAGGGUAGCUUCCAUAUAAAUGCACCACCUGUAACAAGGCUUUAUGUGAUGCCUCACAUCUCCAUGUGCGUGAGCGAAUUCACGCAGGGGAACCUUCAUACAAGUGCAUCACCUGUAACAUGGCAUUCUCUCAAUUCUCAGAUCUCCAUAAGCAUGUCCGUACUCAGAAGUGCACCACCUGUAACAAAACUUUUUUGCUGCCUUAUCUGUCCAUGUGCAUGAGUGAAUUCAUACAGGGAAAUGUCCAUGAUACUGCACCACCUUUAAUAAGGUGUUCUCUGAUGUCUUACAUAUCUGUAGGAAUGAUCAUACUCACACUGUAG